GCACUGUACAUGUCGCGCGCCUCGACGCCGGCGCGUGUACGUGUUGCUUGCGAGCCUGACUGCGUGCAUGUGUGUGCGGUCUCUUUUUGCCGCUUCCGCAUUUCAGUGUGUUCGUCUGCUUCUGAUACGGGAAGAACAGCGCGUCGCGAGCGUCGACAAUCGGCGCUUGGCUACAAUCCCCACAGCUCCCGUUCUCGUGCGCGCGUACUCUCGCUCGCUACGUGCUGUCGACAGUGUGCGGCCACGGCGGCUUAACCCAUCAUCAGCUCCCUCGUGCUGUCUGCUUUUACGUGCACAGCAGACUGGCUAGGGGACAGUCUAUGCGGAUGUCGUACCGCGAUCAGCACGCGCAUGUCGUGGCGGGAAUCAGCAGUGAGAAGACGAGACCUGUUUGAUGGCGAGACGGCGUAGAGCAGACGCUACGGAGCCGGUGCGUACUGAAGCUAGAUACUCAACAGUCUUGGGCUAACUGAAGGCUCGGACUGUGGUGCCGGCAUGUGUCCGUCGAGUGGCAUGGAUCUGGUGAAGAUCGUUGUACUCGGUGCGCCCGGAGUCGGCAAGAGCUCUAUUAUCCGCCAGUUCGUCUACCACGACUUUACCGAGGGCCACGCCCCGACGCGACACAAGCACACCUACUUCCCGUCGGUGGUCAUCAAUGAACAUCUCUACCAGAUCCGCAUCGUCGACCUGCCUGUGAUACCCUACUUUCCAAUGACGUCGCUGCAUGAGUGGACCGACUUCCGAUUUUACGGGCUACGCAGCGCCACCGCCUACCUACUCGUGUUUGAUUUAACUCAGGAGCAAUCAUUCCAGUACAUCAAGAGCAUUCGCGAGCAGAUUCUGGCGAGCCGAAACAUGCACAACGUGCUGAUCUUUGUCGUCGGCAACAAGCACGACCUCGGUGGCGCACCGCGAGCUGACACGCAACGCCGCGAGGUCGUUAACAUUGUCAAGAAGAGCUGGAAGUGUGGAUACAUCGAGUGCUCGGCGCGCUACAACUGGCACGUCGUGGCGCUCUUCAAAGAACUCAUGAAGGCCAUACACUACAUUGACUACGGACACAAACCGACGGCUGUGCGCAUCCAAGGCGCCCUGCGACGCAACAAGUGCGUCAUCUUGUGACCGUGAGAAGUGACGCGAAAUGGCCGAGUCAGGUGCUCUGGGCAGAUGCGUGCAUGCGUGCGUGCGUGCAUUCGGCCUGCGAUGUGUGCGUCGUCUCAUCAUAUCAAUGAACUCUCGCAGUUAAUAUGCGGGUCAAAUGCGCGGGGUGUGAGAAGGUGUAAUAGUCGGUGUUGAAUACCCUCAAUACAAAUUUGAACAGGUUAACAUUCUAGAACAUUUGCUAAUACAUAUUCAAAUCGCGUGCGUGCACCGGCGUAUAGCUGAUGUGGGAUUGCAUCGAUAGUCGGCUAGAAGUGGUUUCGAACUGUCCUUGGUAAGAGCGAACACGAAUGUGCCGCCUGAGACACCGCACCGAAGAAAAACGCACGCAUGUGUGAAAAGGUUCACUGUCAACAUGUGAAGAAAAUGUACGGCAACGUGGCUGAUAACAUGGCUGCAAUGAUGACCGACAGCAUGACCGCCAACAUCGCUAUUAACAUGCAGCCGUCAUCUUGACCGACACCAUUGCCGUCCCAACGGCUAACAGCAUGACCAACAGCAUGACCGGCAAUAUGGCCAACAACAUGGCCGACAACAUGGCCGAUAAUAUAAACGAUACCAUGGCCGAUAAUAUGACCAGCAAGAUGGCCAAGGCCGUGGCGAGGAGAGCACUGAUACUCAGGGCAUUCAACAAAACGACGAGCCGCUAUUAUGCAACUGUUGACGUUGUUGUUACAAACAUAUAUAAUACAUAGACAAAGGCGUUAUUAUAAAAUACUACGAUGUGCCUGAAUUUUUUAUAGUCGAUUCGCGCGUGCUGUAGCUUAAAAGGAAAUGAUGCGUUUAUUGUAUUAUACACGCUACUUAGUUGUUAGGCUGGUAAGCAGACUGUUGCAACACCAAGAUACAGGCACCGCUCCAUUUGUACGUGAUAUAUAUAUAUAUAUAUAUAUAUAUAUACAUGAAUAAGUAAGUUAGGUUAGUUUAAAU